AUGAAGCCAUCUAUCCUAUUUUGUUUCAUCGGACUAGGUGCUGCUUUACAUCUUGUUCCGUCAGCCCCGACCAAAAAGUUCGAGCUUAACCUAACAUGGGACACCAAGGCGCCCGACGGAGUUGAACGCCAGCAAAGCUUGAUCAAUGGCCAAUUUCCUGGGCCCCCUCUCCUCUUCGAUGAGGGCGACAAUGUGGAGGUGACAGUGAACAAUUUCCUGCCAUAUAACACCACGAUGCAUUGGCAUGGCAUUGAGGACAUCGUGGUCAGAUGGUGUGCCUGGAGUCUCGCAGAAACCUAUUACCCCUGGCGGAAGAUUUGUUUACAAAUUUACUACUUCACAAUACGGAACAUACUGGCAUUGACACUCAACAACGGUGCUCGCUACUCCGUUCUAGUUCAAUUGAACAAGACGCCAGGUAACUACUCGAUCACAGCAGCCGGUGCAGGAAUCAACCAAAAGAUUGCCGGGUACGGCACUUUCUCUUAUGUCGACGGUGACCCAUCCGUCGUGGGCAAACCCUCAAUCGACUACGGGGGAAACAGCAUCAGUACAGAUGUUGUUGUUCUGAAGGAAAAUAAGAUUAAGCCACUUAUCCCAAGUCGACCCAGUGAACAAGCGGACCGAACAUACCUGCUCACCGUUGGCCGGAUUGAAAAAGCCUGGAAAUGGUCUCUCAAUGGAGAUAAUUCGUACAGUAUGUCUCUGGAGUCAGAGAAGCCGAUGUUAUGGGACCCUCAAUCACAGGCAGACAGUGACCUGGUUAUUGCUACGAACAAUGAUACCUGGGUGGAUAUUGUCUUCACGGUGUCUGGAGAAGCAUCGACUAUCCAGCCUGGUCAUCCGAUUCACAAGCACUCAAACAGGGUCUAUGUUCUAGGUAUUGGCACGGGCAAGUUCAAUUGGACUUCUGUUGCAGAGGCUCAACGGGAAAUCCCAGAUAAGUUGAACCUGGUCGACCCACCAAUGAGAGAUACCUUCACAACGCUUCCUUCCUUAGAAGCGCCAAACUGGAUGGCAGUUCGCUAUCAUGUACAAAAUCCUGGGGCUUUCUUCCUCCACUGCCAUAUCGAUCCGCAUCUCACUGGCGGAAUGGCACUCGCAAUCUUGGACGGCAUAGAUACGUGGCCUAGUAUUCCUACACAGUAUGGCCCGAACGGUCAUUGGGGGAAAGCGGCCAAAUAG